AAAUUGUGUUACUUUUUAAGCUGAUCCGUUAGCCAAUUAGAGUAUGACACGUGUUAAAACCUACCCCCUUUCUCCCUUUUCAAUCCACGACAUAAACCCCUCUCUCUAUUCUUUCUUUCUCCGCCGAUACCCUUUCCCUGAACCAGCACCAUGCCCUCGUCGUCCUCUCUCCGUCGCCGUCUUCACCAGCUAUCGCCGUCGAUCACCCCACCGCAACGGAGCAUGGCUGUUGGAGACCACACCACGCCGCUUCUGGAUUCCUUCAAAAGGGGGGUUUGGGAGUGACGAACCAGAAGGAGAAAGAGUUGUUGUUGGGGGAUAGGGGUGGUGGGGACGAGGAGGGUUUGGGUCUGAAUUUGGUUCCUUCCAAAUCAAUUCUCUCAACAACAACCCAAUUCCAUUCGAAAACCGUUAUUGUUCCCACAAACGAGCGAAACCCUAUCCCCUACGGUCGCAGAAGAAGAGACCCUCCGCCUUCCAAUGCAUCACGGUGGCCCCGAUCUCAUCGUCGACGAUGGGGGUGACACCACUAGAUCACGCGGUGUUCCUCGAUCCAGCUCCCUUCGACAAUGUGAAGAACAGACUCGUCGGGGCCGACAAUGCUUGUCUUGAUUUAUGUCAAAAGGGUUGUCCUGUAGUUGGAGCUAUGGCAGUUGAGGUUGUGGGAUUUGAGAUGGUUCAAGGGCCAGUGGAGAAUGGUGCUAAAGAAGACAAAUCUAUUUCAGAAAAAACUGAAAAUGGGAAAUUGGAACAAGACACAGGAGUUGCUGAGCCAACAAAAUUUGGGUCACAUGGAGAUGAAUCUGCUAAACCAGAAGCAAAUGUUGUUUCAGAUGCCAAUGUCCCCAAAGAUGCAGUUGACGAUUGGCCUGCGCCAAGGCAGAUACAUUCUUUUUAUUUUGUUAGGUUCCGGCCUUAUGAUGAUCCCAACAUUAAAGCGAAACUUGAUAAGUAUGAUAAAGAGAUUAGCCAGGAAAAUCAAGCACGAAUUCAGGUCACUGAUGCUUUAAGGGCAAAAAGGACAGAACGAGCAGGGUGUAUUUCUCAGAUUAAGUCUCUAAAAGGUGACAAUAGGCAAUUUCAGAGCAUUGUUGAUGAAAAAAUUAAAGAGAUUGAACCUCUGCAGCAGGCACUGGGCAAGCUGCGUACUGCAAAUAAUGCUGGUCGGGGUGUUGGAUUAUGCUCAUCUGAGGAGGAGCUUAACAAUCUUAUUAAUAGCUUGCACUACCGCAUACAACAUGAAAGCAUUCCAUUUGCUGAAGAAAAACAAAUCCUUCGAGAAAUUAAACAGCUAGAGGGGACAAGGGAGAAGGUUAUUGCUAAUGCUGCCAUGAGAGCCAAAGUACAAGAUUCUAUGGGGCAGAAAGAAGCCAUUCAAGAUCAGGUUAAGCUUAUAGGUGGUGAUUUGGAUGGAGUCAAAAAGGAGAGGCAAGCAAUCCGGUCCAAAAUCAAGCAACUUGAAGAUACAGUAAAAGCCUUAGACAAGGAUAUUCAGUCUUUACAGGAUGAACUAGGAGCUGUUACUGAAAAGAGGGAAAAAGCUUAUGAGAGCAUUCAGCAGCAAAGAAAACAACGCGAUCAGGGGAACUCCUAUUUCUACCAAAGUCGUACAAUUUUGAACAAAGCACGGGAGCUUGCUGCAAAGAAAGAUAUUAAUGCGAUUGAGGAACUGGCACAAACUGAGGUUGAGAAAGCUAUGUCACUCUGGAACAGUGACAAAUCCUUUAGGGAUGACUAUGAGAAAAGACUUUUGCCAUCACUGGACAUGCGACAAUUAUGUAGGGAUGGACGGAUGAGGAACCCAGAUGAAAAGCCACUGCUGGAAGAACCGAAACCUGCCGAAACUGAUACAUUGCCGAAAAGCAGUGUAAAACAGCCAAAGGAGGAGCCUAAAUCAUCUCCACCAGAAACUGUGCCUGAGCAGAAGAUUCAGAAAGAAACCAAAAAGAAAGGAAAAGAUUUGAAAUCCAAUCUGAACAAGGUUUUAGAAGACACUGAUGAAUAUGAAUUUGAAUUGCCAAAGGUGAAUAAGGAGCCUCCGAUUGAUCCAGAAAAGCUGAAGGAGAUGAAAAGAGAAGAGGAAAUCGCGAAAGCGAAGCAGGCUUUGGAAAGGAAGAAAAAACAAGCGGAGAAAGCUGCAGCCAAAGCAGCUACCAGAGCACAAAAGGAAGCUGAGAAGAAGCUCAAGGUACGUGAGAAGAAAGCGAAGAAGGUGGCUGGUGGCACUGGAGCUGUUCCAAGUCCUGAGGAACCAGCAAAUGAAGCUGUGGAGGUUGCUGAACAGAAGACCGAUGAUAGCAUGGAAGCCUCAGCUCCGGCGAAGGAGAAGGUCCCAAAGGAGAGCAGUGUUAAGUUCAGGAAUCGAGCCAAAGCACUGAAAGGCCCCGACACUAUCCCAAAAGCUAUUAUGAAGAGGAAAAGGUCUAACUACGACGACUGGAUAUGGAUUGCAUCUUGUGUUUUUCUUGUCCUGUCUGCGUUGGUGUUUGCAUACAUUAUUCUUUCUUGAAAAAGCUUGGAUCUUGAAGGAGCUGUGAACCAAUUUUCUGUGGGUGGCUUGGCUAGGUUCUGCAGAGUAAGUAAUUGUCUUCUAUAUCAGUCCUAUUGGGGCAUUUUCUCUCUCUUUCCUUUUUGUCUUUUGGUAGCUAAUCAUCAGGGAAAUGGCGCGGUGAUAUACUUGAAAACUUUGUGCUGAGAUAUUCUAUAUGUUUUAGUUUUGAUAAUAUAUAGACAAAAUUUUUAUGUAAAUGAUUAUGAAACGUGGUGAAAAUUGGGGUUGGUGGAUGGUUAGUUGGAAUAAGUUCAACAUGCAUUUGGAUGCUUUCACUUCGUAACUUUAGACAUGCUACUUGCCAA